CGAGCGGUUCAGCCUCAUCCGGCGGACCAUGGUUUUCUGUUUCAACUUGUAUCACCUCUGCUGCCUGCCCAAAGAAAGCUCAGCUCUCGUCUUUGUCCUCUUUAAAAUAGCGCGGGUUUUUUAAAAAAAAUAAUGAUAAACAGCGUAAUGGCACUGCGAUUCUGUGCCACCCUUCUACUCUCCUCCUCCUCCUCCUCCUGCUGUUCCUGUCAACAGUCACGGUCAGAAUCCUGUCGGGAGCUUGAGAUGCUCCUCAAAGAAACAGACCCUCCAGUUCCUCGAUACUAAAAAGUCCUAGUUUCGACAUGAAGAGAGACAGAUGAUGGAAUGAGGCAGAAAGAAGGGAAGAGAUCGACUGUAAGCCGAUUCAAUUACGAUAAAGGAGACUUUGCGCGUUAUUCGGUUGCAUCACUUCUCCCAUUUUUAUAUAAAUGUCAGAGCAUGAGAGACUUGAAACACGUGCUUACACCCUUGAUUGUUGCUGGGUUUUUCAAGGAUGUUUUGGCGAUGCGCAAAGUGGUGACAUUUUUGAGUACAAGGAUUGGAUGGUUGGAAGAUGUGGUUUUAUUAUUGAAGCAGGUAGAUGAUCCUUAUCCUUUCAUAUGGAACGCAUUUAUUAGAGGUUAUGAGCAAAGUCGCAGACCAUGGAAAGCGAUGGAUUUGUACAAUCAGAUGUUGCACAACAAUGUAUCUCCUGAUAAGUUCACCUUUCCUUUUGUCCUCAAAGCUUGUGCCACUUCUCGAGCACUUAAAGAAGGAGAGCAAAUUCACUGUCAGAUACUAAAGACUCCACUGCAUGCAGACUUAUUUGUGCAGGGUUCUUUGAUUUUUAUGUAUGCCAGUUGUGGGGAGAUUGAUGCUGCACGUGCUUCAUUUGAUGGGAUGCCACACAAAAAUUUGAUUAGUUGGAACAUGAUGAUUGAUGGGUAUGUCAAACAUGGAAAUGUUAAUACUGCAUUAGAUUUGUUUGAUCAAAUGCCUGAACGCGACCUCUUCUCUUGGAAUGUGAUGAUUGAUGGGCUUGCAAAAUGUGGGCAGAUUGAAUUUGCAAGACAGUUGUUUGAUAAGAUGCCCGACAGAGAUAUCAUUUCAUGGAAUUCCAUCAUUGAUGGAUAUGCUAGAUGUGGAAAUAUGAAAGCUGCGCGGAAGUUAUUUGAUCAGGUUCCCUUUAAAGAUGAAGUCACCUGGGCCAUUAUGCUUAAUGGAUAUGCAAGAUGCAAUCAAAUAGGUAUCUCUCAUAGCUGGUUCGAAAAGAUGCCCUUUAAGAAUCUAAUCUCUUGGAAUUCUUUGAUAAGUGGGUAUGUUAAAUGUGACAAAAUCACUGUAGCAUAUAAGCUAUUUGAGUUAAUGCCAUCUAGGAACUUGACUUCGUGGAAUAUCAUGCUUGAUGCCUAUGCGAAAUGUGGUGAGAUGAACUAGCCUGUCAGCUUUUUAAUACAAUGCCAACCAAGAAUGUCGUCUCUUGGAACAUUAUGAUUGGUGGACAUGCUAGACUUGGAAGACUUAAAGCAGCAAGAAAGCUUUUUGACGCCAUGCCUUAUAGAGACAUGAUUUCAUGGAAUGCUAUGAUAUCCGGCUACAAAGAAAAUGGGCUUUCAAAAGAGGCUAUGGAACUGUAUAUUGAUAUGCAGUUGCUAGGAGAAAGACCUGAUUGCUCCACUUUAGCUAUUGUUCUUUCUGUUAUCGCUGAUUUAGGCCUUUUUCUCCAAGGUAGAUGGGUUCACGCUUAUGUUGAUAGGAACAAGUUCCCAUUGAAUGGUGUUGUUGGUGUUGCUCUCAUAGACAUGUACUCCAAGUGUGGGUAUGUUGAUAUUGCAAUGAGAAUAUUUGACUGCAUCCCUCAAAAAUCCAAAGAUCAUUGGAAUGCAAUGAUAUCAGGACUUGCAGUACAUGGCUAUGGGAGACUUGCUAUCUCCUUAUUUGAAGAUAUGGAAUGGUCAUUUGUUGACCAGAUGAUAUAACUUUCAUUGGUGUUCUGAGUGCAUGCAGUCAUGCAGGCUUAGUACAUGAGGGUCAACAGUAUUUUAUCCUUAUGAACCACAAGUAUGGAAUUACUCCUAAAAUCCAGCACUAUGGUUGUAUGGUUGACCUUCUAAGCCGUGCAGGGCAUCUUGAUGCGGCAGUUACACUGGUGAACAACAUGCAAUUGAGAGCCAAUGAUAUUGUUUGGGAGAGCACUUCUGGGUGCUGCUAGGAACCAUGGAAACAUUGAAAUUGCUGAGCAUGCAGCAAGGCAACUUAUUGAACUGGUGCCAGAUGAUAGUAGCUCUUAUGCAUUACUCUCUAGCAUAUAUGUAUAUAAAGCUCAAUAUGAAAGUGCUAGGGACAUGUGGAAGAUUAUGAAGGAGAAAGGGGUGGUAAAGAAUCCUGGUUGUAGCUGCAUUGAAUUACAAGGUGUUCUCCAUAAGUUUACCGCAGGAGACACUUCACAUCCUCAAAUCAUGGAGAUAUAUCUUCUGCUAAAUAAUAUGACACAAAGGCUGAUGUUACCAGGUUAUCUGCCAG